UUUGGCAUUCGUCAUUUUCCUUAGAAAUCUCUAUGUCAUUUUAUGCGCUGGAAUAUCGUUCGGACUUAUUGAUGGUCCCGAGCUCAAACCCUGCCCGCUCCCAUCCCCCGUCGUUCUGCGGCAGAUUUGGACUAGGAAGUACAUUAUCUUCAACUCUGAGGGAACAUCCGAAACAUGUCAAACAUUUUGCAAACAUCUUACAAACAUAAAUAGAAUUAGAAAUCAUAGACAACCAUCAUAUUUCAUAAAGUAGGAAUGGAUUUGAUUUGUUUCAAAAAGGUAGGUGACAAAACCAUUGCUAUGGAUUAAAUAUAAGGAAUGUAAUGAAUCCAUCAUACAACAUGAAAACGGCUACAUUGCUUUUAAUACAUAUGCAUUUCUUGUCAGGAAUGUCCAUGGACUGUAGACCCACACUUAUUGGAGAAACGAAACAAUUCCACGUCAUAAUCAACCACACUUAUUCAGAACCAUUGGAAGUUGUUUGGUUAAAGGGAAAGUCUCCAGUAUCUAUGUGCAGACAGACACUGGCGUGUUACGAUUACCGAAACAUAAAGACAGAGACGAAGCUGCAGUCAAUUGGUGACGGCUUGUUUGGGAUUAGCAUAACCCUUAGUAACGUGAGCAGAAGUGAUGAGGUGUUAUGGUCCUUGAAAUAUCUAGGUCUGGCCAGCCUGAAGAACUCCAGUGCACUUUACAGCUGUGAUUUAAAAGCGUUUGACUUUGCGGCCCUAGAACUACGGGACUGCCAAGAUACUGUAGAAGAAGGCUCCAUAGCUCGAUGUUGGUGUCAAAAGAAAGUGGACUUCAAACAAAACAUUUCACUGACUUGGGUGGACCAAUCAAACAGAGUCAUGGAUAACGGAAGUCACAUGUUAUCUUUCAUUGCCAAAAGAGACAAUUUGGGCUAUACUUGCCGAGGCCACACGGUUGACGGCACUGAGAGUUUACCAUUGACCUACAAACCAAAUGUUCAAUAUAAUGACAGUUCCAUUACGUAUUUCUAUUCAGCGAGAGUACUUCCACGAAUGAAGAGCUCAUUUGUCUACUUAUUUCUUGCUUCGAUAACCUUGACUGCUUCUAUUUACACAGCGUUGAUUUAUUUUUAUUGUCGCAGGGAAAAACGUUGUCUUAGAAAAAGGAUUCCUAAUAAAGAUGAGAUUGCUACUAAGAAGAUGAUGCAUCCACAUGAUGACUGUAUUAACACAAUGGAUGUCUCAAAAACAAAAAGUCACGCUCAGCUUUGCUUACCAAGAAACAUCGGUGAUUAUACACACCUGAGAACAAAUACGAUUAUUGAUACUUUAGAAUGGAACAAGGAACUCCACAUCAUAAAUGAUAGCGAAGACAGCGAUGGGUAUGGCUCAAUGAAUGACAGCUCAUUUCGCAUUGAAUGAUUACAAUAGAAACUGCUUUGAAUUUGCUGGGUACUGUAUUUGAAAUAUCAAUAAAAGUAAUAACACAUUUGGUUUGUUAUAGCUCUUACAAUGUAAUCUGUAAUUAGUGAAGUCAAAAAAAAAAUGUUUAUUUCGAAAUACUUCUCUGAGCUCGAGAUUCAACAAAAAGUUAAUAGUUAGAUAAUAAAGAAAUAGUAAUACAUAUUUAAUUUUUCAUUGCCAUUUGUAUUUUAACAAAAUGAAAAUUAAUGAAAACCCACCAAUUAACAAAAAUGGUAACCUCUACAUUGUUAUAUUAUAUUUAAAAUAAGUUAUAAAUGCAUAUAUUUUAUAUGUAUCAAUUAUAUUACAAAUGAUAUUAUAAUUUACUUCAAUCGUGCAAUGUAAAACAAAAUGCUGACAUUUUAUUGGUGCGAACGGAGAAACUUGCAAUAGCAGCAUAUAUCUAUUUUAUAAUUCAUUUUUACAAAUUAUUAAACACUGAUAUAUAUAUAUAUAUAUAUAUAUAUAUAUAUAUAUAUAUAUAUAUAUAUAUAUAUAUUAUAUAUAUAUAUAUACACGGCGGAUAUAGCCCGCGACCGACGGUCCUUAGUUUGUGUAAUGUUCCAUUACAUGACUAGUAUAAAAUCCAGAGAGAAUAGGUUUAUCACAUUUGUUAAAAAGUUCAAUUUUUCAAUAGAGAUAUAUUUAUUUUGCUUUUAAUUUUUAAGGUCUUCCUGAUGUGGGAGAACCAUCCAACAUACACUACGGUCUCCGCGGUGAUCUAAGGAACAUUUAUCCGAAGUUCUAUCAAGAGCAUUUUUGAUUUCUUGUCGAUACAAGCAUACAUACAUGCAUACAUACUCCUUACAUUAUGCUUAAUAUAUUAGAUAUCUGUUUGGUUGUGUGUGUGCAUUUUUUUCUUUGCAUUCUUCAAUAGCAGAGUUCUUACACCUCCACAAAACGCACAUUCACAAACACACACCUACACAAACUAACCCAUUCUCAGGUACACACACAAACACAAUCCUAAACCAUUACACAGAGACUAGUUUGGUCUCACAAUCCACAUAGCUUUCAAUGAGCUGCAUAUUCCAGAUAAACUUUAUACAUUCGAAUUUGUUCUAUUCUGAUUAGAAGCAACACAAGAACACGGACUAAGCAAUGUUGAAACUAAAAUUGGGGAUCUAAUUGACAUCUUGAAGAUUUAAUUAGGAGGUGCGGUGGCUGAGCAUUAAAGCGAUUGGCUUCAGACCGAGGGUCAUCGAGUUCGAAACCUGGUAAAGACUGGGAUUUUUAAUUUCGGCUUCUUGGGAGCAGGGCCGGUUCUAACUAUUUCGGGUUCCAGUUUGAAUAGGGGUAAGGAUAAUAGGUGAGAAUUUAGAUUUUGUAUUAUAAAAACAAAAAAUUGUCUAUUCAUCACAUUUUUAUUAUCGUCUUUUUUUUAUAGCUCGUAGGAUUGGCGUUUUUAUGAGAUUUUCAAUAUUUUCAGUAGAUUUCGAUGGCUUUUUCGAUUUUGCAUUUUCAUGAGAUUUCAUGAGCUCCUGGAAAAUCAGGAGGCUGUGGGAACCCUGUCAUAAGUCACAAAGGUUUCAUUUAAUAAUUUACAGCUAGAAUUAGCGCGGGCAUAUGAGAGUGAUGGGCCCUCUGCGGCCGCAAAGGUUGCAGUGGCUUAAAGCUGACCGUGUUUGGGAGCCUCUAAUUGUACGCAUAUCUAAUGUGUACCUGACUUUGGGAAAAGUAAAGGUCGUUGUGCUGGCCGCAUGAGACCAUCGUUAACCUUUGGCCACAGAAACUAAUGCCCUAUGGAUCGCAAGGUCUGAAAGGGGAACUUUUUUUUAUUAGUCCUAAUUAUUAAAGAUAAGUCGAUAAGUCAAGAUUAUUUCUUUAAAUGAAAAAAUAAUUAAUAUCGAUUGUCAGAAAAUCUUUUUCUUUUCCUAUUUUUAUGCCAGGCUUAUUUACAAAUAAGAAGAUGACAUUUUAAAGAAAGUAUUAUAAAUAUUUAUGACAGGAUAUUUUAAUAAUUUUUCAUACAUGUCGAUAAAAACUAUGAAAAGUUAGUUUUUUAUUGAUCCGGAGUACAAAAUAAUAAAGGACGUGUGGCUAAACUGUGUAUUACAGUUGUAUAUUAUAAGCACUUUUUAGUAUUAUAGAAUCAAUUUGUUAAGCUCUUCUCUCUGUAGCAUUUUUAUAUGGGAUCAGUGUUUGAAUUUCAUUCUAUGAUUUUAAACUUUUAAAAAGGGAAUUUAACUAGUUGUAAAGAAGAACAACAGAUUGAGACAUUAUUGAAAUUAGAUAUUAAUUCAUAUUUAUUUAGUUGAUAAUAGUUAGGUUUAAUUUAGUGUCCUUGAUAUUGCUUGAAUUUUAGUGAAAAUUUCACAUAAAAGCGAACAUAAUUAACUUGUUGAAAAAUUAGCAAAAAUAUUUAUUAAUGUGCAUCAUUAUAAAUAAAAGUCAAUGCACUUCUUUAUUUUUGUUUUUUCUUUUGUAAAAAGAAAAACUGCAUCCUAAUGCUAUAUUAGUUAUUAGCAAAAUACCACCAUUUCAUUUUGAAACACCUUAAAGGGUUUUUAAAAAAUGUAAUGUAAGUCAAUUUAUGUAGUAGUAUCAAUAUUUAUCAUUAUCAUUUAUUUGCAGCAAGUUCCUUUUUAUUUAUUUAUAAAAAUACUAAAAUUAUGUACAUAUAAACGCUUAAAAACGAUUUUACGAUGUUGAAACAAUAAACAAAUAUUUUUUUUUUUUGAAAUUAUAGGACAUGUAAUAAGGUUAUGUUAUCAAUAUUAUUGUCUAUAAUUUUUCCUUUAAAUUGUAGACGUUAGUUCAAAAUUAUGAACAAUGGCAUACUACGAGUAUAUGUGUGUAUCUAGCUGUUUAUAAUAUUCAAAGAAUUAAACUGCUCAAAGUGA